AAGAGAUAAAUGAGUCUUUUCCAUUUCAUGCAUUAAACUACGUUGAUAUAGUGUCUUUGUUUUUCUUCACACUUUGCAUAACCGCCAUAUUAUCAAUUGAGAGAAAAAGAAUGACAGAGAUUCAGGAUUUGCCGGAAGGUUGCAUUGCCACCAUAGUCUCUCGUACAACUCCAGUUGACGCCGGCAGACUCUCCGUCGUUUCAAAGACUUUCCGAUCAGCCUCCGAUUCCGACGCUGUCUGGAAUCAAUUUCUACCUUCUGACAUCUCAUCUGUCAUCUCACACUCUCCUUCACUUGCCAACGCUCCUACCAAAAAAGCUCUGUAUCUCGCUCUCUCUGAUCGUCCUAUCAUCAUCGAUCAUGAUAAAAAGAGUUUCCAAUUGGACAGAAAGAGUGGAAAAAAGUGUUACAUGCUUUCUGCUAGAUCUCUUGCAAUUGUUUGGGGUGAUACUAAGCACUACUGGAACUGGAUUCCUUUGCCUGAUUCCAGGUUCCCUGAAGUUGCUAAGCUUGUUGACGUAUGUUGGCUUGAAAUUCGUGGUGUGAUAAACACCAUUGUUCUGUCCCCAUAUACUCAAUAUGCAGCUUAUGUUGUGUUCAAAAUGAUUGAUGCUUGGGGAUUUCAGAACCGUCCUGUGGACUUAUCAGUUUGUGUCGAAGGUGGCCAGAGUAGUACUAAAAUUGUCUGUUUGGAUCCAAAUGUGGAAGAGGAAGGUAGGCAGCAUAACAGAGCAGUAGGAUUGCAACGUCCUAGUGUGAGAAGCGAUGGGUGGUUGGAGAUUGAGAUGGGGGAGUUCUUCAGUUCAGGCAUAGAAAAUGAAGAAGUCCAGAUGAAUUUGUUAGAGAUAAAGGCUGGUAAUUGGAAGAGUGGUCUCUUUCUUGAAGGAAUAGAAAUUAGGCCUAAAUAACACAAUUAAGCAGCAUUUACUAUACUAUGCAAGGGGUCUUGUGUCUUGGUUGGCAGAAUAAUGUUUCUAGAGUUGGAAGUCCCAACUUUUCAACAUACUAUAUAUUAUUGUUCCAAACUGUUUCUUCGUAUAGUAUAUACACACUUUAUAUUGCUUAGUGUUGUUCAGUAUAUUGAGAUACAUGCGUCGUGGAUACUCGCCUCCUGUUGAAUGUUACAACUAUUAAAUAUAUUGUGAUGCAAUAUGAAUUUGCUAUUUUA